AUGACCAGAAUUAAACGGGGAUAUAUAGCUCGGAGACGUAGAACAAAAAUUCGUUUAUUUGCAUCAAGCUUUCGAGGGGCUCAUUCAAGGCUUACUAGAACUAUUACUCAACAGAAAAUAAGAGCUUUAGUUUCGGCUGAUCGGGAUAGGGGUAGGAAAAAGAGAGAUUUUCGUCGUUUGUGGAUCACUCGGAUAAACGCAGCAAUUCGCAAAGGGGGAGUCUCCCAUAGUUAUAGUAAAUUAAUACACAAUCUGUACAAUAGACGGUUGCUUCUUAACCGUAAAAUACUUGCACAAAUAGCUAUAUCAAAUAGGAAUUGUCUUUAUAUGAUUUUGAACAAAAUCAACCCGGAGUCUUUACCGGAGUCUUUACCGGAGUCUUUACCGGAGGCUUUACCGGAGGCUUUAAAAACUCCCCAGGCUCUCCUGAGAAUAAAUGGAGGUUUCUUCUACCGGACGAGUUAG